UCAUCGGGCGGUUAGGCGUCGCGAACGAUCGCGAGAAGAUGAGACUUCAGCCCUUCAGUAGAGCUCCCGCUAAGACUUGCGCCACACGCACAGCCAUCCUUCAGCUCCAGCUACACUCGAGCAAAUAUAGGCACGCGGCUUCGUGCGCGGUUGCAUCCGUUGCAGAAUUUUCUCUGGCCCAACUGCAGAUUUGCCUCGUGCUGCGUGCAGCUCUCUUACUAUUAGCUGAAAUUCACGGGAAAUGGCUCUCGCCUCGGCGCGCGUUGCAGAUGUCGUCAAACACAGCUCUGAUAAGACUGUGGCACCUUCGAUUAGGAUAGGCAGCUCGAUUAGCACAACAACAGCAGCGGGUGCUGGCGCGUCCUUAGCGCCGGAGGAAGGGCUCAGGGAGCAAAGCCCUGAGCCAGCCGCGCGUGCAUCCGCCGCGCGGCCAAGUGCUGCGGGCCUCGGCGAGCCCGCUGUCAGCAUAGGCGUGUUCUCUGACGUAGUAGGAGGCACCGAGGAUGCAUCGGUGCCUGGCACUGCGGCUAAGCGCUCGACGACGCCUCCGCUCAAAGCUGGGCCGGCUCCGCCCUUCAUGCUCGACAGCUGCCCCUCCUUCCAGGAGCAGCAGGGCACUAAGCCAGUCUUCUUUGACAGGCACGCCACCUUCAAACGCGUGCGCGACGAGUCGCUAUCGCGGGUGUCCGAGGAGGAGCCCGCAGCACCAGCAGCGGAAGCUGCUGCUGCUGCUGGUGCUCCUGCUCUUGCCUCCGCCGCCCGAGGCGGCGCCGCUGAGCGCUGCCCCUACCUGCCCGACUGGAACAUCGCGCACAGCGGCGUGUGGGCGCUGGCGGAGGCGGGCCUGAUCCGGGCCAUGGAGGCGAAAGCUGCCAGCGACCACGUCGCCGCAAACCAGACUGCUGGCAGCGCGGCCACCGCCGCCGUGGCAGCGGCAGCAGCGGCGGUGCCGCACCGAGACACCGCCACCACCAUCGAGCACCUGACGCAGCUGCUGCCGCGACCCACGCCCGUCGAUGUACCCAUGCACGAGGAGGCGGAGAGGGCGGCGGCAGCGACGGUGGCGGGCGGCGGCGACGGCGCCGCCGCGGGCGCCUUGGGCGACUUCAACAGCCCAGUCACAGGCCGGUCGAAGCACGCUACGCCCUUUGCCACGCACCAAGUCAACCUGGAGCAGCAGCAGCCUUCGCCGUCUCUGGCAGCGGCGGCGGCAGCAGCCCCCAACGCCGCAGCCGCCUCUCCUGCGCCGCCAAACAGUGCGGGUGCGGCGGCGGCGGCGGCGGUGGCGGCGCGGCAGCCGUCCGUGAGCUCGUCACAGUCAUUCACCUUGGGCCGGUCGGCGGUCGGCGGCACCAACGCCAACGCCAACGGCGGCGGCUCGCCGUCAGCGGGUACUGAGGCCGUGGGCUCCUCGCUCCGCUCCUGGCUAUCACGUGCGCGCAGCGUGGGCCACGCCCACGGCCCUGGUGGUGCCGCCGCCGCAAACGGCAGCCCCGCCGCGGCGUGGCGUGUGCCGUUGGGCCUCGGCUCCGCCCUCACUCCCUUCCAGUCGCUGCGUGGCUCCAUGCGGCGCACCCACACCAACUUCCAGCUGAGCGAGGGCGGUGGCAGCGCCGCCGCCGCCGCCGCCGAGUCCCCGCGCGCCGGCGGCAUCGCCGCCGCCGGGCUCCGCCACGGGCGCGCGCACCACAGCGUCGCCUUUGCCGCCGGCCUGGCAGCCGCCACCUCCACCGCCGUCGCCGUGUCGUCGGCCGGCGGUGUGGCGGUGUCGGGCUUUGUCGGCGCCGCCACCGCCGCCACGACCGCCGCCGCCGCGUCCAUGGCGGCUCUGUCGACGGCGUCUGCAGCGGUGCAGCUGGGCGGUCACGCGAUUGAGGCGGGCAGUGACAUGCUGUUGAACCGGGUGCAGGGCAAGGCCAUGAAGAAGGCCUCUGCGCUGGUUGCUGACGCGGUGCUGGGCCCCGCCGCCUCCGCCGGACUGCGGCACGGGCUGCUGCAGCGGCUGCGCGCCACCGUGGCGGGCGCCAGCGUGGCCUGGUUCGUGAUGAACCACAUGGCUCUGAGCGACGGCCUGGUGCACCUGGACUUUGAACACGACUUUGUGCACAGUGCCAAGCUGAUGCUGGACCUGGCCACCAGCGGGCCGCAGGUGCUGGAGAACUGCCGCGAGCUGAUGCAGAUUGGAGUGGCGCUGACCAUGGGCAUGGCAGGCCGCAACAGCAGCACCGGCGGCGCCGCCGACGGCAGCAUGCACGCCGGCGGCGGCGCUGGCGAGGGCGGUAUGCUCAUGGGGUCCAGUCUGGCAGACGCGGUGGCGGCGGAGGCGGCGGCGACCGCCGCAGCGGCGGGCGAUGCGGCAACGGGGGGCCUGGUGGCGGCGGCCGCUAUGGCGGUGGCGGUGGGCGGCACCGCCGGCGGGUUGCUAGCAGAGGCUGGCAGCGCGGGUGGCGGCACGGCUCUGAAGGAAGCGCUGCAAGGGGCGCUUCACAAUAUCGAGAGCCUGGCUGCGCGCGACGGCAGCUUCGGGCGGCUCGUGUGAAGUAAGCAGCCGUAAGUGUUUUUUUGCGGCAAUGACGCCUCAAGGGUUCGUAAUACCGUAUGCGUUGAGUAGCGAUGAAGGCAUGGAGCUUACGUGGAAAGCAGGGGUGCCGGCCGCAUCGGCCGGUGGUGGCGACGUGCAUAAUGCACGCUACCCGCAAUGCAUCCCGAGGUCGAAGAAAAUGCGGGUCGUAAACGUGAAGAAAUUUCUUUCGACUGAACUGCGUGGCAGUCCACGACGGCGCGACGGGUGGCGGGAAGUAGGGUGCCGUGUAUGAGUCGGACGCGUCUCAGCACGCGAGCGGCCGGGAUGUUUCCAACCUGGCUGCACCACGUGUGUUUAUAAGCACUGAUUACGUACAUAAAACCGGAUACGGUAUGCAUGGGACCACCCGGGUAUCUGGUGGCGGAUGGCGGGGAGACGCGACGGUGCAAUUGCCUCAUUUGUUGGUUCCGGUUGCCGCUCGCUCGGGACCAGCGCUGGGCAGCUGGAGUCUUGGGCAGGGCAUGGGGCAGCGGGGUUGGGCGGGAUGAUCGGAGCCGGCUGUACGUAUGAUGAAAUUCUUGCCGGUAACUUCUGGCCGCUACGCAGGGUGCGGAACAACUAAGUAACAAGUGGUGUUGCAGGAUGAGCGGUGUGACGCUGUGGGCGAGGCUGUGUUUGAGAGGGAGAGCCAUUUUCUUGUUUUUCGGAUGGGCAUAGUCGAGAAUACGAGUUUGGAGCGCAAUGAAUUGAGCUGACCACUGCUGGAACGGGGCCAAGCUUCUGCCUUAGGUUCGGGUAGGGACAUAAUGGCAGGGUGCAAGAGAAUGCAACGCCCGGUUUGCGUGGGCAGCAGGAAAGCGGGUGCGAUACCGUGUGCGCACUCACAUUCAGGAGCGGCGUUGUGGACGUUCGCAGAGAAUGGGAGCACCCAGUGCUGCGGGAAUGCUUGGAAACCGAAGCACGUAUAGGGAGUUCCGGCCCGUGUGCUGUGGGGUUGUGCGACCGUAGGAGAUAGAGGCAGGGAUGAAGGUGGCCAGCGGAUUGUUUGAACAGGACUGACUGGGACGUUUGCGUGCCGCGCAUGUCAGCCGUGCCUCCUGUCUUGCUGCGGAGCAGAGUGGAGCCCCAGACGCUGCACUGUGCACCGGAACGGAGUCUAGGCGGGUACAUGCGUGCCGAGGAGAUGUAUGCCGUGAGGGGCUGGCUGGAAAGGGCGCUGUGUGUGUGUGUGUAUUGGUGUUGGUGCGAGUGUGUGCGUGCUCAUACGGCACCAACGCGCAUCGCACACGCACACGCAGCCGUCCUCACGCCUGGACAGGGCCCUGGGCAAUGCAUGGGCAUUUGCGCCAGGCACACGCCCCCCUUCGCGCUGGCUGUGGCCGGGACUGUGGAAAGCUUGCAUGGCUGGGACUGCAUGACUCGUGACGGCCGCCCCGCUGCGGCCUGCGCUACGGCCCCCUAGAGCUGCAAAGCUACUUGCUGGCUAAUAUAUAUAUUUAUAGCUCAGAUCUGAGUCAUCCAGGCAAGUAAGUGCGCAGCCAAACUCGCUCAUCACGCCGACCUACGACCAUGCGUGCCGCCGCUCUCGGCUGCUCUUCGCUCUGACGCCGGAAGGGAGUGGUAGUACGUCGUCGCAGUCACAGCCUGGCUUGCUUGCCGGCGCUGCUAUCGGGACGGGUGGGCGCGCACGGGAUGGGUGAGUGGGUUGAAGGUCGUACUGUACCGUAUGCUGGUCAUCAGCUGGUGUCGCUGGAUCAGGCUACCGUUGUGGUCUGUCCCGGUAGUAUCUGCUUAACCGCGUAUAUGUAACCGCGUAUAUGUGUGUACGGUUUGCGGCGCAAUCACACACGUAUGGACGGGCAGCUAGGAAGAGGGAAGCCGCCGGCAGCAUUGUUGUUACGUGCAUGGUGGUGGUUGGUGGUUGUGCUGAUGGGAUGGAGCUGCUCUGCACUGCCGAUGAGUGUUUUGCUGCGUUAUCCUUAAGGACUAGCUAGCAGAUAACAGACCAUCAUUUCAGCAGCACCGCACAACAAUGAGUGCACGCUGCGCCGCCGGCUGGGAUGCCGGCUGGUGCGUGUGUAAGAUUCAGAUGAGAUGCAUGGCUGAGUAAGGCUAGCUAGCUGGGCUCGCUUGCCAGGGCGGGGUGGCAUCUGGUGUCCUGCACACGCAGUCGCACGCACGGCGGGGCGAACUCAGCAGGUGUCCAUCCUCCAUGAACAGAGCUUAGAAAGAUCGAUUGUAUGGACAACGCACGUGUAUUUACUGGAAGAGUUCCAAGUAUCGAACACAGCACACAGCCAUAGUUGGCCUGGGCUAAGUGUGCUGCGUGCAUGUAACGCAUGCACAAU